UGUGUGAGGAUCGUAACCGGACUAACCCGGGUCUGUGUGAGGAUCGUAACCGGACUAACCCGGGUCUGUGUGAGGAUCGUAACCGGACUAACCCGGGUCUGUGUGAGGAUCGUAACCGGACUAACCCGGAGAUGGUGCAGGACCAGGAUGAGCUCCAACCUGAGCUCAGAGACGAACUUCUACGAGAACGACGUGGAUUAUCAGGUGUCGUUGGAGGACGUGGGCGGUCCGGGGGGCGUGGUCUUCUCGUGGGCGGCGGGGGUGAUGGCGGCGGCGUUGGUGCUCAUCAUGGCGGUGUGCGGUCUGGGGAACCUGGUCCUGGUCCGGUCCCUGGUCCGGUCCGGGGGUCCUCGGUCCCUGGCGGGGAGACUGGUCCUGCACCUGGCCCUGUCGGACGCGCUGGCGGCUCUGUGCUGCCCCCUGCUGUUGGAUUAUUACACGGUGCGCGGGCUCAGCUGGAGGUUCGGGUGGAGCGUCUGCGCCGCCGUCGGGUACGUGCGGGCGCUCUCCCUCCACGUGUCCACCAACGCCCUGCUGGGCAUCGCCCUCGACAGGUACCUGGCGAUCGUGCACCCUUUGCGGCCGCGCUGUCACCGUUCUUGGCCCGUGGUCGUGGGGGUCUGGUUGGUCCCGGCUCUGGUCUCGGUCCCCGUGGUCCUCACCUCGGCUCAGACUCAGUUCUCCGGAGCGGAUGGAGUCGUGAAGACCUUCUGUGGUCAGGUGUGGAGUGUGGACCAUCGUUCUCUGUAUCAGACCUACUUCCUGUCUGUGAUGAUCCUUCAGUUCCUGUUUCCUGUCGGGGUCAUGACCUUCUGCUACAGCCAAGUCUGCAGAGAACUCUGGUUCAAGACGGUCCCGGGGUUCCAGACGGCUCAGGUCCGGUUGCGUGUUCUGGGUCGGCGUAGGACGGUCCUGGUCCUGGUCCUGGUCUUGGUCUUGUACGUGGUCUGCUGGAGUCCGUACUACAUCUUCUCUCUGCUGCGAGACUUCCACUCGUCCUUCAUGUCCUCGCAGAGACACGGACUCACCGUCUUCUACGCCGUCGACUGUCUCGCCAUGUCCAACGGCGUCAUCAACACGCUCGCCUUCGUCUGGGUCAAGAGACCGGACCGGACCGGGACCGGACCCGGGUCCAGGACCGGGACCAGACUCAGACUCAACACUUUCACCGAGACCAAGUCCAACGUGGAGGACAACCGCACCACGUCCACCAAGGGGACGGAGACCGAGACUAGGAGAGGACUCGUUUAGACCUGGUUUAGUUCUGGUUUAGACCUGGUUUAGUUCUGGUUUAGUCCUGGUUUAGACCUGGUUUAGUUCUGGUUUAGUCCUGGUUUAGUCCUGGUUCAGUCCUGGUUUAGACUUUGUCUUUUUAUUUGUAAAAUGUCUUUUAAUUUUUUUUUUACACAAACAU